AAGGACAGAGUACUCCCAACUGUUAUGCAAGCCAAGCGAGAUAUCAAGUACAGACGACAAUAACAUAUUGAUUAAUUGAGACUUCAUAUUUUUUAACUACUGCGGCUCGUACACAACUCGUGCACAAUAUUAUAACAAAUUUUCAUAUUUCUAGAAAUAUUUGUAAAAAUAAUUUAAUACUUUGUUAUGACCACAUAUACACUCAUCCACAUAUUAAAAGACUUCAGGGUAAACAUAGUUGUUAGAUUUACAAUGCUGUUGUUGUUUUCUAUCUUAAUCGCGAAAAAACGUAUUGCAACCACUACAAGAUUGACUUGGAAAACAUAAACGCGGCACUUUUCCCCAUUUUAACUGUUGGGAUAUAUAUUUAAAAGUCUUCUCCUUAGGCGCCACACUCUUGACAGAGUGGUCGUGGUCGCCAAGUCGACAUUAGUGGGCUGCUUCACAAUGCGACGCCACUCCUCCCGAACUCUCGCUCUUCUAGUGCAUUCAUGCAGCGGUUUGUUUAACGUUUUCUUUAUUUGAUCGGUCCAUCUCAUGGGUGAUCUGCCGCGUGGUCUGGUACCUCAAGCUUUCCUUGCACUACCAGGACCUCUAUGGAUUCGCCCCCGCGUCGUGUUAGGUGGCCAAAGAAAGUGAAAACACGAGCCCGCACUGUGCUCGGCAAUCUUUGUUUGAUGCCUAGCUCAAGAAAAUUUGAAACUACUGAAAUAAAAAUACCAGUUACUAUUUACCGCCAUGACACUCCAAAGGGAUACCAGUAGAAAAUAAGUGAACAAAUAGUCUUGAUCAUAAUUAGUGCCUUCUAUCUUUUUGUAAAAAAAUAAUACUAAAACAGUUACCAUUCAAAUACAAAUGUUUUCACUAAGGUUAUUUAAGUUUGAAUUUUUAAUGAAUUUAUAUUUUUUUAUAAUGGCAAGAGCAAAGAACGAGAUACACGGCCUCCAUUGUGACUUUCUUUCACGGCUCGGAUUAGCUUCUGUACAAAGAGCAACUAAAAGUAUACUUUAAGUAAUAAUGAUAAGGUUCAUUUUUGUUAUUAUAUUUUUACGGAGUUAUAAGUACUAAGUCCAUGAUUCUGUGAUAAAAAAAUUAACCUUAGAUGAAGUUAAACCAUAAAGUUUUUUUUAAAUACUCUUAUUUUUUUACAUAAUCUUUGAAGGUUUCAUGACGUUUUCAAAUGCAUAUUUUACUCAUAUAUCAAUGAGAUAAACACUACGUUUUCAUAUAUUCUUCAGGUAAAUAUUUUUUCACUGUUCUGUAAAUUUAUCUACAAAUAAAGAUGAAUGCACCUGAGAUGAUGACACACUAAUCAGUGAUUCUUCUGAUAGUACACACGGCUGCACGUCAGGUUACCACAAUAUAUCAAAUUUCUGCAAUCGAUUUGACCUCUACCAUCAAUGUAUUAAGGUUUAAUAUCUAGUGGGGAAAUUUGACGGUUUUGAAAUCUGACGUGCUUUUAACUGUACAAUCAUAUUUCGAAGACCUGCCCAAGUGUAAAUGCAAAUAGGCCUUGAAUUAAAAAAGAAGAAGAAGAAGACCUGCCCAAGUAGGUAAACAAUUUUCUUCUCAACCAUUCAACUACUAGUUUUGCUUUAAAUGGCUACAAUUAAUUAGGUAUUAGUCUACUUGUGUAGCCAAUUUUGAGACACUAUAUAAAAGAGGCUCAUUUUAAAGAUAAACAUAUGCUUAAAUAUAAGAAAAGGUAUUGAAUAAAAAAGUUUAUUAUUAUUAUUGUGCAUAUAUGGAAAACAUAUAGUUUUGCAAGCAAACCAUGAUAAAUCCUAGGUUACAAACUGUUGUAUAGUCUUAAAAAUUAAAACAAAAGGGGAAGAUGAAGGAGACAAGCGAUUAUUUAAUGGAAACUAAAAUUAGGUGCAUGCACAUAAUUUCGCUAUUGACACAAGGAUAAGAGUAUAUAAAAUAUGGGUACAUAUUGUCUCGCACAUGAGUAGUUAUACUCAUGUACGAGAGAGAAUGGAUCAGCUGUACGGCGUAUUGCUACGCGCAUGUUUGUAACGAUCAUAAGUUCCUAUCUCGCUCGCGCUAUAGUUGAAACUUAUAGCUUUAUCUUGCUUGCUUGGGGAAUCCCAUGUAAGUGUGCGAGUGGGUUUACUUAUAUAAUUUUACCAGUGCCAUUUUUUGGUCAAUGCAACUAUGAGUAUGCCGUAUCUUUUUUUUUUUUUUUUUUUUUUAAAUCUUCCCUUUUUGUUUUAAUCAAAAUGUAUAAUAUAAUGUAAAUAAUACAAUAAUUUAAAUAAGUGUUGCAGAAACAUUUCUUAUGAUACCAAGCGUGAACCACAAGAAAGUAAAAAUAAAUAUUACAGUAUACAAAAAUAAGAAACCGAAUUCAAAACCAGAAGAAACACAGUGCAAAAUGAAUGAAAGCAAUAGUAACAAACAUUAUCACAAAGGAAUAAACAAUAGGUUCAUAUGUUCAAUUUGUCUGAACUCAAAUUCACUGGACUGCAACAAUGAAUUUGCUAGAAGAGUUACAAUGUCUUGUCCGAAAUGUCGUCAAAGUUGUGAUUUCAACAGGUUAAAACCGAAAAUAAAAACGACAACAGUGCAAACAUCACAGACCGAUAUAAACCAAGAUUUAAAUCUUCUCAAAGAAGUGUUAACGGUAUUCCAAAAUACUAAACAAGUCAAAAAGAAUAUUAGUAAUACUACAUUAAUGAAAGAUGUUUCUGUUGAGACAGAAAACAAGGCAGAUUUCAAACAAAAUCUUUCUAAAAGCCGCAUAUUUCAGUAUGAGAUUACAGAAGAUAACAUUUUAAAUAAAGUAAAUAACUUCAGAAUUAUUCAUUACUCUGAACCUGAUAAUCUUCAAAACUCACAAUUUACUCUUGAUUUGAAUAAACGUAAAUCUUCGUCGAUACCUCAAAUGAAAAUUGACGAGCUCAAAUACUCAUUAAAAGAAAAAACUAAAUCGAAAGACGCCAUUGAAGAGGUCAAUAGAAUGUUUGCUACUGUGCGGAGAAAUGAUAAUGGUGAUCCAGAAGACCAGAACAGACCGUUUAUCAGAACUGGUCCUCGGGUGCUGCCAGUUGUGAGACCAAAUUACCUUAAUACCAAGAAGAAAGAAUCGCAAUCAGACAUGGAAAAAGCACACGAAAUUUCAUCCUGCAAAUGUUAUCAGAAUAGUAGCCAAUAUUACCAGGCUAAUGACAGGCAAUUAUCCGGUGGUGAUUCAUUUUUCAAACACGAAUGCUGUUACUAUAAAGCUAUGUUUGAGGAGAAAUGUGAUAAAUGCGUUUACACACUGUGCUGUCAUUGUCAAAAAUGCAAUAAAAUUGACAGUACUACUCCAGUAUGUGAACAUUGCAACGAAAAAUAAAAGAAUUGUGUUACGAAAAUGUAGAGACUUUCUAUCAUUGCCAUCAGUAUUAUUAAUUUUGAAACAUUUAUUUUGUAUAAUUUUAUAUUAAUUUCCUAUUGUUUAUUUCUGGAAAUAUAUAUUUUAUGUAUUUUUGUAAUUCUCUCAAUAUAAUUUGUCUUACCUACACGAAUCGUAGGUGUAAUCGAUUCUACACAAAUCUACCCAUUUGAUUUUACUUAUAGUGUAUUAAUCUAUAUUUUUAUUAUUUAGGUCCCUAUACCUGCAUUUUAGUAAAUCGCCGCUGCUUACCGGAAUUGAAGUCCUACACCUUCGAGUCUUAUCAUCCAUUAAAAUAAACAUAUCUUUA